AUGUUAAAAGCAAGGAUACAGAGGAAGCUUGGGUUUGUUGAAAGUAACGUUCAGUUGCAGCUGAGCUACAAGCCACUACUGGUAGAAACAUUGGAGCAUUGUGAGCUUAAUGAUGAUGAGAAUGUUAAUAUUUAUCUAGACUCCGUUAAUUAUGAGAAGCGAAGAUGUAUGUUGUUUGUGAAUGUCAUCCCUUCUGAGCCUCAGCCUGAGCAAGUUCCCAUAGUGCCCAUAGUGCCCACAGUGCCCACAGUGCCCAUAGGGGACCAAAGUUCUGUUGGUAUGAACUAUGAAAACCAACAUGCGAAGGAUGGUGAAAUCGGACCUAACGCCAUUGUUGUCUACGUAGGCAAAGAAAAGGCUGUAGAGGGUGAUUCUAAUAAAGAGGGUGAAGCUGAAUCACGUGAUGAAGGUGAUGAAUAUACUGAGCCACGCCCUGUUGUAGAACCGUUAAAGUCGGACAAGGUGCGUUAUGUGGUCAAAUGUCCUAAAGAAGGAUGUAACUGGGGUUUACGAGGUGGUAGGAUUCGAGAUACAGAUAUUUUCUCGAUUAGAAGGCACAACAAGAUGCAUACAUGCUCUCGGGCUAGUCAAAGUUCAAGCAACAGUAAGAGACAAGGCACUCCAAAAUUAGUUGCUUCUCUUUUACAUGGUGAUUAUCCAGGGCAAAUGGAAACUCCACCUCCGAAAAUUAUCAUGGAUCUUGUCAAGACAAAAUUAGGUGUUGAUAUAUCAUAUUCCACGGCGUUGAGAGGGAAAAAUCAAGCUGUUACUGAUUUGAAAGGUAGCCCAGAAGAAAGCUACAAGAUGCUGCGAUGUUAUCUGCACAUGUUAGAGAAGGUUAAUCAUGCUUUGGGAGCUAGCAUUGAAGGAUUUAAAGUCAUGAGGAAAGUUAUAACUAUGGAUGCAACUUUUCUAAAGAACGGAUAUAAGGUAUUUAUGACUGACAGAAAUACAAGUCUCAUAAAAGCUAUAGCUAAUGUGUAUCCUCUGGCUCAUCAUGGUUUUUGUAUAUGGCAUUUAUCCCAAAAUGUGAAAGGUUAUGCUCGUAACGUGAACAAAGACGUUGUUGCAUGGAGAUUCAUGGAGUGUAGUAGGUUUUACACAGUGGCUGAGUUCAACAUUGCUUACGCAUCUUUUACGACAAGAUAUCCUUCUGCUGCCAAGUAUCUUGAAGAAUCUACCCAGAAAGAAAGAUGGGCACGAUGUGUUUUUCCAGGAGAUAGAUACAACCUAGACACAAGCAACUGUGUUGAAUCGUUGAACAGUGUAUUCAAAGAUGCAAGGAGGUACUCCUUGAUACCCAUGCUUGAUGCAAUACUUAAAAAAUUCUCUGAAUGGUUUAAUGAACAUCGAAAAGAUGCUGUGUCUGGAUCAGUCGCAAAUAAAUUGGUGCCUUUAGUGGAGAACUACUUACAUGAUUUAUGGGCAACUGCUGAGAAACUAAAGGUGAUAGAGCUAAAUGGUUUCGAGCUUGAAUACAAUGUCAUUGACAGUGACGGAAAGCCUUAUUUGGUGAAGUUGCGAUUGAGAAGUUGCAGUUGUAGGUUUUUCGAUAUACAAAAGUAUCCUUGUGUGCAUGCAUUGGCGUCUUUCAUUACAUACCAAAAAUAUGGAGGUAAGGAUUUCGAGUUACAUGAGUUGUGUUCUAAGUAUUAUUGGACGGAGCUGUGGGCAAUUGCAUAUUGCAGGACAAUUUAUUUAGUACCUGAUAAGUCUCGAUGGGAUGUCCUAGAUGACGUCCAAGAUAUGGAGAUCAUACCUCCGAGUCGGAAAAUAAGAGGGGGAAGAAAGAAAACAAAAAGGUAUGCAUCUGCUGGGGAAAAACGACCAAAAACGACCUAG